GGCUAAACUGUAUUAUUUUUUGUUCAAGAAAUUCAUUCCCAUAAGGUAUACGAAACGGUACGUUUAGCGUUGUCUCAGCGUUUUCGUUCUUUUUUUUGGCUAAAGACUGAAGUAGCCGUAAGCCACUUCUAGACUGAAGAAAUGGCGGUUAUGUUAUCGACAACACCACCAACACCAACUAAGCUGACCCCGAAAAGUAUACCAGAAAUCCCUGAAACCAAACCCGGUUUCUUCACAGGUAACUUCGCCACUUUCCCUCUUUAUUUUCCUUCACUUUCUAACACAAACUAUAAGAAGAAACUCUCACUCAAAACUCUAGCUGUAAACAAUCAUUCAAAUUUUGAAGAAACAAUAAGUAAUCAUGCUAGUAGGAUCAAUAAACCAAGAAAAGGAAGUGCAAGGAAUCCACUGUUGAGUGAGGGAAGAGAUGAGGAUGAGAAGUAUGGACCUAUUUGCCCUGGUUGUGGAGUGUUUAUGCAGGAUAAGGACCCUAAUCUACCUGGGUAUUAUCAAAAGAGAAAAUUAAGUCUAUCAAAACAAGUGGUGUUAGAAACUGAGGAUGGUUUAGAGGAUGAUGACGUUGAGGCGCUUUAUGAUGACGAAGAGGAGGAACAGGGGUUUGUGGAUGGAGAAUUUGAUGAAAGUAGUGGGGAGGAAAGUGGGCAUGGGCAUGGGGAUGUGCUUGAUGAUUGGGAUUCUGAUGAAUGGGAAGCUAAGCUUUGGGGUGGAGAAGAGGAUAAUUUGGAUUUGGAUGGUUUUAAACCUGCAGGUGUUGGGUAUGGUAACAUUACCGAGGAGACGUUGGAGAGGUUGAAAAAGAAAAAAAUUUCGAAAGCUGAGAAGAAGAGGAUGGCUAGGGAGGCGAAGGAGGAAAAAGAUGAGGUUACUGUAUGUGCUCGGUGUCAUUCAUUGAGGAAUUAUGGGCAAGUGAAGAACCAACUGGCAGAAAACUUAAUACCAGAUUUCGAUUUUGAUAGGUUGAUUUCCUCCAGAUUGAUAAAAUCUAGUGGUAGUGCAAAUGCUAGUGUUAUUGUCAUGGUUGUUGAUUGUGUUGAUUUUGACGGCAUGUUUCCGAAACGGGCUGCCAAGUCCCUGUUCAAGGCAAUGGAAGGGAUAAAGAAUGAUGCGAAGAUAAGUAAGAAGUUUCCAAAGCUUGUUCUUGUGGCUACAAAGGUUGAUCUCCUUCCAUCACAAGUUUCACCAACUAGGUUAGAUAGAUGGGUUCGGCACCGUGCUAAGGCUGCAGGAGCACCUAAGCUGAGCGAGAUUUUCUUGAUUAGUGCGCGUAAGGAUUUAGGUGUCAGAAAUUUGUUGACAUUCAUCAAGGAAUUGGCAGGUCCUCGAGGGAAUGUGUGGGUUAUUGGGGCUCAAAAUGCAGGCAAAUCUACUCUAAUCAAUAUGUUGGCAAAGAAAGAAGGGUUGAAAGUUUCAAAGCUUACAGAAGCUCCAAUUCCUGGGACAACGCUUGGAAUUUUGAGAAUCGGGGGGAUUUUGCCAGCGAAAGCAAAGAUGUAUGACACCCCAGGACUCCUACAUCCUCAUCUAAUGGCCAUGAGAUUGAAUCGGGAUGAGCAGAAAAUGGUUGAAAUUCGAAAGGAGCUACAACCUCGAACUUAUAGGGUCAAGGCAGGCCAAGCCAUACAUGUUGGUGGCUUAAUGAGACUAGAUAUUGAUCAAGCUUCAGUACAAACAAUUUAUGUGACCGUUUGGGCAUCGCCAAAUGUUUCACUACACUUGGGAAAAAUAGAAAAUGCUGAUGAAACCUGGAAAAAUCACGUUGGCAUCAGGUUGCAGCCUCCUAUUGGCCAAGACAGAGCUUCUGAGUUGGGCAAAUGGGAAGACAGGAAAUUCAAGGUUUCUGGAACGAGUUGGGAUGUGAACAGCAUUGACAUCGCUGCAGCUGGCUUGGGUUGGUUUUCUUUGGGUCUCAAAGGUGACGCGACCUUGUCAUUUUGGACAUAUGAUGGUAUCGAAAUAACUUUAAGAGAACCUUUAGUUCUUGACAGAGCACCAUUCCUUGAGAGACCUGGAUUUUGGCUACCGAAACUUAUAUCAGAUGCUAUCGGCAACCAAAGCAAACUUGAAGCUCAAAAGAGGAAAAAGCUUGGAGAUAGUAUAGAAUCCCUUUCUGAGGUUUCUGCUUGAAACGGAAAGAAUUCAUCCCCUUCCUCUCUGCAGUAUGGUUGAGCUCGAAAUUUAGAAAGAUUGUAAAGUCCGAAUGGGAAAUAGAUUCUGCUGGUUUAUCUGAAGGGAAAUGGAUGAUACCUUAAAACAUUCCAUUCAUCCAAAUUUUGUCAGGUGGGUUUUGUUCACUUGAGGUUGUAUUGUUUCCCAAAUUGAAAGAAAUAACGAUUCUGAUGACAAUUUUAUUCAUUUCGGUGGAUGAUGAAACUGCGGGAAGGGGUUGCUAGACUCAAGUCGGAUGGAGGGGUGUAUCUUUGUCUGUUAUAAAUGUAAUAUUAUCUAACAUGUUUAUUAUGGGAAUUUUGAUCGCUUAGCCCCCACUAAAUA